CCAAACAAUGCCACAGCUGUAAGACCCAGCCAGAACGCCCUUCCUUUCCUUCCUCCUUACCCCGCCCUCUCGCCUCCCAAUUAAUUGCUAUCCGGGUUUCAAGAUCCCAAAGCACCAGUACGACCGUGGGGCAGCGACAAUGGCCUACAUAUGCCAGACAAUCAACAUCAUAACGUUCCGAGAUGGCUCCGAGGUAGUGACGCCGAUCCGCAAGGUCGUCCUCGAGAACUCCCCCGUCUUCCAGCGCUGGAUCCGGAGCCCCGACACGGCGCCCGACGGCAUGGACCGAGACGACUGGCGCUUCCCGUCAGUGGAUCCCGAGGUCAUGCGCGCGCUGGUGCGCCACCUUGAGAACUUCAACGCGCCCGUGUAUUUCGACGUGCCGGUAGAGCGCUACUCAGCCCUGCUCAUAGGGCUCUUUAAUCUUGCCCUGUCGGCUGCGGUCCAACGCCUAGCCGACCAAGCAUUUGUGAUGCUGACAAAGCCGCAGUAUAGCGUGAACGCUUUUCUCGAGAUCAUCGUCCUGGCAGACCAAGCGAAGCUGUUGGAGAACAAGUGGUUUCGCACCUGGGCCGUGGCGUACUUUGCGCGGAUCAGGCACGAGUUCCAGGCGGCUGGAAACGUGGGGUUGAGACAGGCCGUGGCGGGCGGCGGGGAAAGCACUUGGCUCCUCUGCUCGGCGCUUGUGUCGAUUGUGGCGGAUCUGGCCGCAGAGCAUGGGUAUUCCGGGGGUCAAGCCGAGAUCAGUGCAUUGUUGACGCCGGAGGCGUCGCCGAAUAGGCGUGCAUGAUGUGCUGCCUCACUUGGGUUGUGGAUUGUUGCUGGUUCGGAAUGGGAUUUCUGGCUUGGAAUUCUGGUUUUCUCUGUCGUAAGGAGAGAGCUAGAGAACGUGACCUAUCACUGAGAUGCGGCAGACUGUGAUUUCUUGGUUCAGGUUGCUUCUAUUAACUCCAUAUAGGUAACUGGCCAUGACGAGCGAAUCAGUCUUUGGAAAACAUCGCAUUGGUGGCUGUGAGGAAUGCAGGUAGCUUCCUGGUAUGUCAGAGUGUGGUAUGCGACUUGCCACUAGUCCAUAGACGAGUGGGAGGUGUGUUAUUCCCUGGAAUGGAUCGACGGAUCUGCGAAUAAGUGCGACAAAUUUGGACUUGAUUGGUC